AUCUCUAUUAAGCAUUACUCGUAAAAGGAAAAUCUCUAUUAAGCACGUCAUGAACUCGAUAUAUAAUACAAUUAUAUGUGGGAGGUUUAUCAUGAAUUUUAUUAAAAUCGACAUAAUUUGUAUCGUAUCGUUGUGUUUCACUUUCAACGGCUCAACAGUUUAAACCGAUUUGACAAUUAUUGGGCAACGAAAUGGGCUAUGACCUACUCGAAAAGAGGCAGUUGACAAAGAGAUCGUCAAUUGGGCUUCAAUGACUGUAGAUUCUAUCAAUUGGGCUGUCAACAAAUUAAUAAGCCCAAAGAAGUGAGUCCACAGUGGCGCAAUUUAAUUAGACCGCAGCUGAUCACCUGAUCCAUACGUUUCUAGAAUGCACCACCCUCCGUUUCUUCCCCACAACGCCGAUCGAGAAACAACAUGCACUGAAUGAAAAGCAUUUCUCGAAACUCAAUCCCCAACGGAAAGGAGGUGGGGGUUUGCAUUGUGCAUGUACAUUUUUUGCUAAUAAAUGCUCGUUACAUAAACAGAGUGCAAAAUUCUCCAGAAACUCCACCAUAUAUUAAGAGCCAUUCAAUACCGAUUUUCAGAUUAAUUUUCCCCCCAAAAAAAAAAUAAAAAUUCCAUCAAUUAUGUUAAUCAUCUCUACUCUUAACCUCCCAACAAUCCAGAACCUGCACGCUCCUCCCCCUGCCAAAAAGAAACGAGGACGGCAAAUUCCUGGGGAGAGAAGCCUCUUUUUCUCUCUUCUUUGAUUCUCUUCUCCAAUUCUCCAUUUUUACAGAAAAUCCAUCCGAGAAAGAACAAAAGAAAUUAAAAGGCUUCUCUCCCCGGCAGUUUCCCCUUUGGCUCGUCAUUUUCCCGCCAACAUUGUUUCUUGCUCUUCAGAGACAUGAAAUAUCGCACAUGUCUUCUAUUCUCCGUCCUCCUGAUCACGUUACUAUUAAAGCCGAGCCCUGCUCUGAGCGAGGAGGCACGUCCUCCGAAUCCCCCGCCGAAAGCGGAAUCACUCAUCAUAUCAUGCGGCGCCACGGAGCCGGAAACCGGCGAGGACGGGCAGAGCUGGCAGCCGGACGACAAGUACCUAACCUCCACCAGCGGCGGCGAACCCAAGGCCGAGACGGCGGCGUUUCAGGACCCCGCUCUGGGCUCGGCCGUCCCCUUCAUGUCGGCCCGGAUUUUCGAGUCACGAGGCGGUUACGAAUUCGCGGUCCCCACCGAUACACGUGUCAUGAUCCGGUUCUACUUCUACGCCUCCACGUACGGCACCCUCGACGCGGCAGAUUCCUAUUUUGCCCUCACGGUCAACGACUACCAGCUCCUCAACAACUUCAGCGCGGCCAUCGCGUCCGAAGCGCUGACCCAGGCCUACAUAAUGAAGGAAUUCUCGCUUUUGCCCUCGCCUUCCGGGGUUCUCAACGUCGUCUUCACGCCGUCGGCCGGCUACAAGGGCGCGUUCGCGUUUGUUAACGGCGUCGAGGUGAUUCCGAUGCCCGACAUUUUUGACGAUAGCCCGCCGUUGGUCGGGAUCGGUGACCAGACGGUGGAUUUGACGACGUACGGGCUGCAGUCGAUGUACAGGCUGAACGUCGGCGGGGAGGUGAUCCCGCCGGCGAAUGAUUCGGCGGGGUUGAGGCGGACGUGGUACAAUGAUUUUCCGUACCUUUUCGGAGGUGCGGACGGGCGGAGCGUGUAUAAAAAGGACGUCAAGUACCCGACCGUCGAAGUACCCGAACCUGUUGCGCCGCGGUCGGUCUAUACCACGUCUAGAUCCAUGAGCGAGGAUCCGAUGGUGAACCAGAAGUUCAACUUGACGUGGGUGUUCCAGGUCGAUGCCAACUUCACCUACAUGGUCCGCCUCCACUUCUGCGACGGCGAGAUGACACGUGCCAACCAGCGCGCCUUCCACAUCUACCUCAACAACCAGACCGCGCAGGAGACCGCCGACGUGAUCGCGUGGACCGGCGGCAAGGGGAUCCCCAUCUACAAGGACUACGCCCUGUACCAAAACGACAAGAGCGGCGGUAACCUCUGGCUCGCCCUCCACCCCAACACCGCCAGCCACCCGGAGUUCGUCGACGCCAUCCUCAACGGCGUGGAGGUCUUCAAGCUCAACAGCGUCAGCAAGCGGAGCUUCGCGGCCCCGAACCCGGAGCUCUCGGAGAUGAUGUCAAGGGUCGAGGACGCCAGGGAGGAGAGCAGUUUCGAGACCGAAGGCGGCGGCCAGGUGGUCGGCGCGAUCGCCGGUGGGGCCACCGGGUUGGCUGCCGUGGUCGUCGUCUCGGCGGUCGUGCUCCACAAGAAGCGUCGUCGGACGGCGGGCAAGUCCUCUCGCCGUUCCGGCAGCUCCAACAAUUGGCUCCCGCUCUAUGGGAAUUCCCACACGUCGAGUAAAUCGACGGGGUCGAGGAGGAGCACCAAUAGCAGCCACCUGUCGACCGUUGCGCAGGGUCUCUGUCGACACUUCUCCUUGCAGGAAAUCAAGCACGCGACAAGGAAUUUCGACGAAGCGAAAGUAAUCGGCGUCGGAGGGUUCGGGAAAGUGUACAAAGGCGUAAUCGACGGGACGAUGGAAGUCGCAAUCAAGAGAUCCAAUCCGCAAUCGGAACAAGGAGUCAACGAGUUCGAGACCGAAAUCGAAAUGCUAUCCAAGCUGAGGCACAAACACUUGGUCUCCCUGAUCGGAUUCUGCGACGAGGACGACGAGAUGGCGCUGGUGUACGAUUUCAUGGCGAACGGCACUCUGAGGGAGCAUCUGUACAAAGGGAACAAACCGCCGCUGCCGUGGAAACAGAGGCUCGAGAUCUGCAUCGGAUCCGCCAGAGGAUUGCAUUAUCUCCACACGGGGGCGAAGUACACGAUCAUCCACCGCGACGUCAAGACGACGAACAUCUUGUUGGACGGGAAGUGGGUCGCGAAGGUUUCGGACUUUGGGCUUUCGAAAACUGGGCCGGAUCUGAACGCUCAGGCCCACGUUAGCACGGUGGUGAAGGGGAGUUUUGGGUAUUUGGACCCGGAGUAUUUUAGGCGGCAGCAGCUGACGGAGAAAUCGGAUGUGUACUCGUUUGGGGUCGUUUUGUUUGAGGUUUUGUGCGCCAGGCCGGCUUUGAACCCUAGCUUGUCGAAGGAACAGGUUAGCUUGGCGGAUUGGGCGCUUCAGUGUCAGAGGAAGGGGAAUUUAGAGGACAUAAUUGAUCCGUUGUUGAAAGGAGAUAUUAAUCCAGAGUGUUUGAAGAAAUUUGCGGAGACGGCGGAGAAAUGUUUGGCUGAUGCUGGGGUUCAUCGGCCUUCCAUGGGGGAUGUGUUGUGGAACCUUGAAUUUGCUCUGCAAUUGCAGGAGAAUCCCAAGUCGGCGGCGGCGGCGGCGGCGGCGAUUGGACAGAAAGGAGGAGAAAUCGGUGGCGGCAACGGUGGCGGUAGGAGGAGGGGGCUGUCGACGGUGGAUGAGGAGGUUAGUGUAUUGACGAGUGAUGACACGGACGAUAGUGAAAUUUUUUCGCAGAUAGUGAAUCCCAAAGGAAGGUAGGGGGAAAUUUUUCAGUGAGAAGAAUAAGAGAAGAGAAUGUACAUGGUCAGUCGGGUUGAUCACCCAUAGUCAAUUAGGUUACAACUCGCAGUCACAAGGUUGGUUAGAUCGAUCACAUGGUUAGGAAUGGUAAUGGAUUAAAUGAGUGCCCGAUAAUGCAUAUCCAUUACGUUACCCAAAAUAGUUAGGAUUUUACAUACUCAUACAAAGAUCUGUAGAAUAUCAAAAUCAUAUUUAUACUCGAAUGGGUUUCAGGACGAUUAACCAUGAACAUUAAUUUCUCUUUACAAUUUUAAUCAACAUGAUAACAAUGA